CAUGGCAACGCGUACUUCUAUUUCCGGUACUCUCAAGAAACCCUAGUGUAUAUAUUAGUGAAACCAUGAGGGUCCAAAGAUUUACCCAUGGUCAGGUAGCUCACUGCCAGCUGGAGCCCAUACUUGAUUGAGCUAUAGUGGAACAGACGACCAGCAAGCUACCAUGGGUUACGAAUUAGAUAUGAUCAACAGGGACCCCAACGGGCUGAAUGACCACAUCAGGGUAAGUUGUGACCAAAAGUAGAAUUUUAUUUGUUCCUUAACUAGCAACACGGCAGGCCCAACAAUAAAUGGAGGAGAAAAUUAGACCAACAAAAGAUAAAAAAUGUCACAAAGAUUUACAAAAUCUCUUAAAGAUUUACAAAAUGUCACACAGGUGUAUAAAAUGUCACACAUAUUUAAAAAAUGUCACACAGAUGUAUAAAGUAAACGUUGAUUACAUUUAAUUAACAAUGUUCGCAUUAACAAACAAUAAAACGUUUUGAGAAAUAAUUUCAAAUGGAAGAUUGCAGGGACCCUACGAUUCCAUUUGUAAAACUGUGUAAAGAUUUGUAAAACUGUGUACAGAUUUGUGAAACUGUACUUCUUUGCGUAACUGUACAGAUCUUUGUAACUGUGUAUGUAUUUGCGUAGCUGUACAAAUUUGGUUAAUUUCAAGUUGUGAUCAAGUUAAAAUAAAGUCAAAACAAAAUAAGAUCUAAACAAAAUAAGAUCUAAACAAAAUAAGAUCUAAACAAAAUAAGAUCUAAACAAAAUAAGAUCUAAACAAAAUAAGAUCUAAACAAAAUAAGAUCUAAACAAAAUAAGAUCUGAACAAACUAAGGUAGACUAAAUGGAAUGCCAUAAUAAUUUUACAAACGAUGUAACCCUAUUUCAUAUGUUAAACAUGACAUUUUGGAGACUGUUAAACAUGACAUUUUGGAGACAAUGUAUAUUUAAAAAAAAAAAAACAUCUUUAGAUCAUUGAUCUCCACAGGCGAUGCGUCAGAAAUCAAUCAAUAUGUUCGUGUUUUGGAAAAUAUCUCGAUUUAUAGUUUCAAGUCCAGUGUAUAAUUAAUAUUUAUAUGUAGAAUUUUAAAAAAAACAACCUUUAUAUUUAAUAUAGGACUUAGAAAAGUCUACUACAUUUAUAACUUUAUAAGAUCAGAGUUUUAAAAAAAAAUUAAUUUAAUCAUCACUUUUGCAAUGUCAUUUUACAUCUAUUGCAAGCUAAAGUGUUGGAUAUACCAUUGACAGAAGCUAUUGCAGGCUAAAGUGUGUGAUGGGUGCAAAUGACACUCACACUAUUCAUUAUUAAAAAAAACAACAAAAAAAAACAAACAAUUUUAUCUUUUUUUUAAAAUCACUUGUUUUAUUUAUGAACGUGCAAACACAUCUUCAGUUCGUGCAAACACAUCUUCAGUUCGUGCAAACACAUCUUCGGUUCGUGCAAACACAUCUUCAGUUCGUGCAAACACAUCUUCGGUUUGUGUGAAGAUUUUGUCCUGAGGUUCGCUUUGCAUGGGCUUUACAAGAUAUGAAUUCCUUAACGGUUUUAAUUAAUACUCAUAUCCAUUUUUUAAUCACGAGUCGUGCAAAAUACAAAACCAGACAGUAAAUGAAUUUUUGUACUCUUCAGGUCCUUUUUGAUGAAGUCCUCGCUGAACCAGACGGCGCCCACUCCAUCAACUGCGUGUGGAACUGCGCCUACAAGUGCUUCAACUGCUGGAAAGGCUGCUGCUACAAGACCUUGACCCUCUUAUGCGGCAUUCCGCUGGCCAUCUGCUGGGGAUGCGAGUUCGCCUACAUCACCUUCUGGCACGUGUGGUACGUCACCCCAUGCAUGAGGGCCUACAUGAUCAACUGCGGAUGUCUACAGAAGUUCUACGGCACGUGUCUGCAAUGCUACUGCCAACCGCUCUGUGAGGCCUACAGCUACUGCCUAAGCAACAUCAGAGUGACGAACAUGAAGGGAUAACAUCGCCUGGGACCGCUUCAGCCAGGGAUGCUCGUCUACUCUCUAACGGAUAAGAAGCAGGAGCUGCGGAUGUCGCAACAAUGUGACUGACGCCUCUAUGUCCCCCAUUUUCUUUUAAUUAGUUAAUUAGUAGGAGAUCACGUGACUUUAUUUUGACAUAAAGUCACGUGAUGCCUGAUUGAACACAGGAAUGUUGAAGUUUUGACAUUUAAAAUUUUUGAAAACCUCUGAUUUGUAAAUUUAAAUACAACAGAGACAAAACGCACACAAAAAUUGUAUUUUUUACAUUACAUACAUAAUUUAUUAUUAUAGUUUUCCAAAUUGUGGCGAGAAUCUUUAUCAUUCCCGAUGUUGAACUUACAGCAAUCACUUUUACGUGUCUAUUUAUUUUACAAGCGUGUUACACUUCAAUCUUUAGACUUGAUUACAGAUCAUGAAAAUUAUUUAUUUGAGACGCAACCUACAGUACGUCCGGAAAAAUGGCAUGGAAUGGCAUCUAGUACGACCAGAAAGAUGGCAUGGAAUGGCAUAGCAUGAACAUUAUGGAAGCUUUAAUUUCGAUCAACGGGUGCAUUACUGCAGAUAUUAUAUUAAAAUUGACAAUAAUUUGAAUCUGUUAUUUGUUGAGUUUACAAGAUUAUGUUAUUCAAACUUGGUGAUUACUUCUGUUUAUUUAUUACUAAGCAUCACUACACGUGAUUCAUUUCUAUCAAUUAAAUUAAAAAAAAAAAAUUACAUUAAAAAACAUUU